AGGCGGCCUGGGGAGUCCCCAACUUCUGCGCGGUGGAGUCCAGCCGGGAGACAGCGUUCUCCAGACGCCCCCACUUUGUGGAAGGGGGGCUGGGUUCUGGAGGAUGGAUCGGGGGCUCCCGGCUUCCCGCCGCCGAAUGGGAACUCGUGAUCGCAGACUUGACCCCGCUUGACUGGUCCUUGGAGUUUGGGUGGCAGGGAGACUUUCCCCAACUCCAGAUCCUUCGCCGGCCCUGAACCAGCUCCAGCCCUCAGCUCCCCUCAGCCCGCUAAAAGGGGGGUGCUCCUGGGCCAGAGUGAUUGCUCAGGGAGUGCUGGGGAGAAUGAGGGGUUCCCAUCUCCCACAGCCACAAACGCAUUUCUCAAAAUGGAGCCUCCACUUGCCCCUCCUUCUCUCCAAGAGCGGGAGCCGGGCUGGCUGGGCCUGGCUUUCCAGACUCCUGGCUCUGGCUCCCUGGGCGUGUGGCUCUCAGGGCCCAGCUCUGUGGCACUUUGGACUUAGGGGCCCUCGGCUCCGUGGGGUUGGGGGCCCUGGCUCACUGGGUACGCCUGACUGUCUCCUUGUCGGCCUGACCCUCGGGCUUCUCCAAGUCUUUGUCUCUUUUGGGUCCCUGUCUUUCUCUGAGCCUGUCUCCUUCCUUCAGUUUUCACUUUCUCCGUGCUCGCUGAAGUGGGGAAAUGCAACAGAGGUGCCAGCCCUUGGCCCCCUAAGAAGUCCUUUCCCCACUGUUCACUCCACGCCCUGGAGUGGGCCCAGAGAGGGGAGGGGAAGGGUUUUUCUAUCUGCUCUGCUGGGCGCUGGGAUGUGUGGGGUGGUCUGAGCCCCCACCCUGCAGAGGGGCCUGUGAUCGCUCCCUGCGCCCGGCCUACCCCUCCCCCAGCUCCCCGCAGCUCCUGCCCCAGCCUGGACACCUCUUCCUGGUUCGCAGUAUCUUUUGACUUGGGUGGGAAGGAAGGCGGUGGAUUUAAUGGAGUGCAUGCGAGAAAGAAGGGGAACAGAUCAGGCAAAGGAGUUAGAUAAUGUCCCACCUCUCCCCACAUGGCAGAGAGGGAAGGAAACAGGCUCCCCCCACCAAUGGGCCCUCAAUCCACCCAGGCUCCCACCACUCUCAUACCUGCGUGCCCACGUUCACAGGUUCCUCUGCACACCCUGGUGCACUCACCUUCCUAGUCGCACACAUACAUAGGAGAUCACACAUAAACUCAUGAACUUACUGACAAAGCUGUCCAGGCACCAUCUCUCCCACACACCACAAACUCACUUGUUAGAUCUGCAUUUAUAACUUUCACAGGCUUUCUAAUGACCCCUUACCCACAUACUCUUGUAAGAUAUACACAUGUGAAUUCACACAUGAACUCAUGUAUGUGAAUGUACUGAUACAUCAAACAUGUGUAGACUCACAUUCACGAUGCUUUCACGCACAUUUUCAUAUACACGUGUUCAUUUCCACGCUCCUGUGCAUGUAGUCACACAACAAAUAACUAAAUGCACACAUUCCUACUCCCAGUGCAAUUCUCUGUCCAGUUCUUGGCCCUGCUCUGCAUGAUGACUUCAGCAGAUGCCUAAGUCCUGGUCAUCAGCGGCCUCGGGACUGGGACUAGGGAGGGGGUUCCGGGUGGAGGCUUGCAGCUGCUUCCAGGAAGGAGCAGGGCCUGGGGAGGUGGAGCCAUCUUGCCUGGGUUCUGUGGAAGUGAGGUUUUGGAGCAGCCACUAGAGGUGAAGGCGGGACUUCUACCUUCCUCCCCUCGGGGUUAGUCUGGGGACCUUCUGAAGCUGUAGGGUUUCAGAGAGGUUGGCAAUGGGGUAGAGCCUGUGGAGGUUCCUUUAGGCCUCACUGAUUGGGUGUGCAGAGGCUAGGAGUUGUCUUAUUUAGCCGGAUCCACAGAGGCAGUUUAGCUGCCUCACUGGGAGAAACUGAGGCCCAGCAGAGGGAGGCAGGGCACUGACUGACUUUGGCUCUUCGUUCCCUAAUUACCAUCUGAGGUGCUGAUUGCACCCCUGAGGUACCUCAGCCCAAACUGCCCACCUGACUUAGAGGACCAGGGACCUGUGCUUCAAGCUGGUAGAGAAGGCCCCUCCCUCACCUGAGUCCUGGCCUCUGUGGGAUGCAGGAUUGGGCUUAGGCCUGGGUCUUUGCUGACAAGUGGCUCUGCAGUAAUCACCCACGCCUCCCAUCCCUCUCAGCAUCUCUGCUGAGUGGAUUCAAUCCUCAGCCCUGUUCAGACCAGCAUUGGACAGUGUGGUCUGGGGCCCAGGGGGAAUUGAGGUUCAUUCCAGCACUUGAAGGGGGAGUCUCGGUGGGGAUCAAGGCUUGUUACUGAUGUCAAGGAGGUGUUUGGUCAGGAUCAGUAGGUCAGGAGGGGUCUCUAGGUGGAGGGACUCUGACACCACUGCCCUGCUUACAGGUCACCUGCAAGGCCGCUGGCCAGGCCUGAGCCUUUGCCACCAUGGCCAUUGUGCAGACUCUGCCAGUGCCACUGGAGCCUGCUCCUGAAGCUGCCACUGCCCCACAAGCUCCAGCCAUGGGCAGUGUGAGCAGCCUUAUCUCAGGCCGGCCCUGUCCUGGGGGUCCAGCUCCUCCCCGCCACCACGGCCCUCCUGGGCCCACCUUCUUCCGCCAGCAGGAUGGCCUGCUGCGGGGUGGCUAUGAGGCACAGGAGCCGCUGUGCCCAGCUGUGCCUCCUAGGAAGGCUGUCCCUGUCACCAGCUUCACCUACAUCAAUGAGGACUUCCGGACAGAGUCACCCCCUAGCCCAAGCAGUGAUGUUGAGGAUGCCCGAGAGCAGCGGGCACACAAUGCCCACCUCCGCGGCCCACCACCGAAGCUCAUCCCUGUCUCUGGAAAGCUGGAGAAGAACAUGGAGAAGAUCCUGAUCCGCCCAACAGCCUUCAAGCCAGUGCUGCCCAAACCUCGAGGGGCUCCGUCCCUGCCUAGCUUCAUGGGUCCUCGGGCCACCGGGCUGUCUGGGAGCCAGGGCAGCCUGACACAGCUGUUUGGGGGCCCUGCCUCCUCCUCCUCUUCUUCCUCCUCCUCUUCAGCUGCUGACAAACCCCUGGCAUUUAGUGGCUGGGCCAGUGGCUGCCCAUCAGGGACGCUAUCCGACUCUGGCCGAAACUCACUGUCCAGCCUGCCCACCUACAGCACCGGAGGUGCCGAGCCAACCACCAGCUCCCCAGGCGGGCACCUGCCUUCCCAUGGCUCUGGGCGAGGGGCACUGCCUGGGCCAGCCCGAGGGGUCCCUACUGGGCCCUCCCACUCAGACAGUGGCCGGUCCUCCUCCAGCAAGAGCACAGGCUCCCUGGGGGGCCGUGUGGCUGCCGGGCUUUUGGGCAGUGGUACCCGGGCCUCCCCUGACAGCAGCUCCUGUGGGGAGCGCUCACCACCACCCCCGCCUCCACCUCCUUCCGACGAGGCCCUGCUGCACUGUGUCCUGGAAGGAAAGCUCCAAGAGCGGGAGGCAGAGCUUCAGCAGCUGCGGGACAGUCUGGACGAGAAUGAGGCUACCAUGUGCCAGGCAUACGAGGAGCGGCAGCGGCACUGGCAGCGAGAGCGCGAGGCCCUGCGAGAGGACUGUGCAGCCCAGGCACAGCGGGCACAGCGGGCCCAACAGCUGCUGCAGCUGCAGGUGUUCCAGCUGCAGCAGGAGAAGCGGCAAUUGCAGGAUGACUUUGCACAGCUGCUGCAGGAGCGUGAACAGCUGGAGCGGCGCUGCGCCACCUUGGAGCGGGAGCAGCGGGAGCUCGGGCCAAGGCUUGAGGAGACCAAGUGGGAGGUGUGCCAGAAAUCAGGCGAGAUCUCCCUGCUGAAGCAGCAGCUGAAGGAGUCUCAGGCAGAGCUGGUGCAGAAGGGCAGCGAGCUGGUGGCCCUGCGGGUGGCACUGCGGGAGGCCCGUGCUACCCUGCGGGUCAGUGAGGGCCGUGCGCGGGGUCUACAGGAGGCCGCCCGAGCUCGGGAGCUGGAGCUGGAAGCCUGUUCCCAGGAGCUGCAGCGACACCGCCAGGAAGCCGAGCGGCUGCGGGAGAAAGCUGGGCAGUUGGAUGCUGAGGCGGCUGGACUCCGGGAGCCCGCUGUGCCACCUGCCACCGCUGACCCAUUCCUCCUGGCAGAGAGUGAUGAGGCCAAAGUGCAGCGGGCAGCAGCCGGGGUUGGGGGCAGCUUGCGGGCCCAGGUGGAGCGAUUGCGGGUGGAGCUGCAGCGGGAGCGGCGGCGGGGUGAGGAGCAGCGGGACAGCUUUGAAGGGGAGCGGCUGGCCUGGCAGGCAGAGAAGGAGCAGGUGAUCCGCUACCAGAAGCAGCUGCAGCACAACUACAUCCAGAUGUACCGGCGCAACCGGCAGCUAGAGCAGGAGCUGCAGCAGCUCAGCCUGGAGCUGGAGGCCCGGGAGCUUGCGGAGCUGGGCCUGGCUGAGCAGGCCCCCUGCAUCUGCCUGGAGGAGAUCACUGCUACUGAGAUCUAGGGCCCUCGGCACCCAGCUCUGCAGGGAGCUCUCCCAGAGGGGCAGCAGCUGCAGAUCCACUUAGGCCCCAGGGCCCACGGAUGACCCCAAAAGCUGAGGGCCCCAAAGCCACUUGUCUCCUAGGAUCCAGGCCUCUGGGAUUCUGCCAGGAACUUGGGAUGGUCCUUUGACUUGGAGGAGCAAGAUCAGACCGCUCGAAGGUCCCCGUGUUCACUGUCACCCAGAGGCUCCUGUCACUACCCACUUCAUUCCCCAUCGCUGCCAGUGCCACUGCCAACCCUGUUCACAGGCGCUUCCAGCCCACUCCAGCCAGGGGAGCUGGGAGGAAGAAGGGGCUCCCUCCUCUCCACAUUCCCCCUGACCCCAAAGCCAGAGAAAGCCAGAUGGCACCAGCUGCUCCAGAUGUGCCUGCCCACAUUGGGGGACAGGGCCGGGCCUGGGCUCGGUUCCCAGGUUCGAGCUCUGCAGCCUCUCUCCUGGAGGGAGGGGGCUGAAGUCAGACCAAAGGAAGAACUCAGAAAUGUCUUGUUUAUUUGUGUUUGUGACCAAGCAGCCUCUCCCUUCACCCAGGUUUAUGGCCUCGUUUUCACUUGUAUAUUUUUCACACUGUAAAUUUCUUGUACAAACCCAAAGAAAAAAUUAAAAAAAAUUUUUUUUGUUUAAAAAUAA